AUGAAGUACCAGAUUCUUGCCUCCAUUGGCGUCGCCAUCUUCGGUAUAGCUGCCACGGUCUCUGCCUUUCCGCUCGCACCUCACGAGGAGGAGAGCUUCUGCCCCAAGGGCUACAAGAUGGUUGUUUGGUAUGAGACCGUUUGGCCUACGCCCUCGGCUACAUCGACUCUCGAGACAAGCAGCACUCCUUCUGCCUCAUCCACUCCCGAGGCUUUGGUGCAAUCGCAGUCUCCGGUAGAGGUCGAGUCCUCUACCCCGAUUGGCGAUGCUGCUGCUUCGACUUCGACUCCUGCUCCUGCUCCUGUUCCCACUACUUCUUCUACUUCUUCUUCGGUCCCCAAGUCCGAGGCGCCUGUUCCCGAAACAACCCAGGCAGUUGUGUUUGCUACUUCGACCGAGAGCUCAACUGCUCAGAUUGUUGCUCCCACCACACAUGCUGCUGCUCAAGUGAUUACCUUUUCGGAGACCACCUCUUUGACCACCCCGUCGACCUCGGUCUCUACUUCAACUGCUCAGGCUGCUGGCACCACUUCAUCUAACUUGUCAUCCCCCAGCUCUUCCUCUUCCUCAGGAACCCCCGGCGAAGCCACCUUCUACGGCGGCAAUGUUGCCGGUGGAACUUGCUCUUUCUCAGACUACACCCUGCCCAGCAGCCUCUUCGGCACUGCUCUCUCGGUGGACCAAUGGAGCGAUGCCUCCAAGUGCGGCGCCUGCGUCGCCGUCACCGGUCCUAACGGCAAGACCAUCAAAGCAAUGAUCGUCGACCAAUGCCCCUCUUGCGCAAGUAACCACUUCGACCUCUUCGAAGAUGCCUUCAGCGAACUCUCCGAUCCCUCCACCGGCGUCAUUGACAUCACCUGGUCCUACACCCCCUGCGACCUCGACGGCCCCUUGAAGCUAAAGAACAAGUCCGGCACCUCCGAGUACUGGUUCUCGAUGCAGGUCGUCAAUGCCAACGAGCCAGUUGCCAAGCUGGAGGUUAGCACUGACGGCGGUAGCACCUGGCAGGGUACUACCCGUACCUAUUAUAACUACUUCGAGCAGUCUUCUGGCUUCGGCACGGAUACUGUUACUGUUCGUGUUACUGGCGAGUCUGGGAACACUGUUACCGUUCAGGAAGUUGGAUCCUCCUCCGAGUCGGAGUUUACGGCUUCAUCUAACCUGUGA